AGUUACGAGAGGCCCACACCUUCUGAGGAGUACAGGACUUUGCACUCCUGGUAAAGAGGGGGAAGGCAGGAAGAUGGCUGGCUCCAGGAAGGAAGACUCUUGUUGGGGCCUUUCAUAGAGUAGGUACAGCAGGCGCCUCACCCCAUAGGUGAGCUCACCUGCCUGUCCGUUGACUGGGUGGGGCAUGCGGGCCCAGUCUGUCACAGGUGAACAAGAGGAGAGUCACAGGAACUACAGGCUGAACCAGGCCAGAGGCCGUAGCUUUAACCAGACAGCCCAGACCUGUCCGGUGCCCUGCCAGUUCCAGACUGGGUUUGUGUUGGAAAAGGAGCAAGACCAUGUUGGGGAAGGUGGGAUCUGUGCUGUGGAUGCUCUGUGCAAUCUGGGUGGCGGCUGAUGCUCUUACUGUGGAAACUACACAGGACGUUCUUCGGGCUGCCCGAGGGGGGAGUGUCACCCUCCCAUGCACCUACAGCACCUCUGUUUCAGACCGAGACGGAUUCAUUCAGUGGGCUAAGCUUCUCAGAAGUCAAACGGAAAGAGUGGUCACCUGGAAUUUUGUGACGAAGAAAUACAUCUAUGGGAUCCGUUAUGAGAACCGUGUGACAGUAUCUAAUGGCGUGGAGCUGUCAGAUGCCAGUAUCACCAUCGAUCAGCUGACCAUGGAUGACAACGGCACCUAUGAGUGCUCCGUCUCACUGAUGUCGGACCAGGAUGUCACCUCCGGGUCUCGAGUCAGCCUCACGGUCCUCGUCGCACCUUCCAAGCCAGACUGCGGCAUCGAAGGGGAGACCGUGAUCGGGAACAACAUUCAGCUGACCUGCCGUUCUGCAGAGGGCUCUCCGAGCCCACAAUACAGCUGGAAGAGUUACAACAUUCUGAACCAGCAGCGGCCGCUCUCCCAGCCAGUCUCAGGCGAGCCCUUGCUUCUGAAGAACAUCUCCACGGAGACCGCGGGUUACUACAUAUGCACCUCCAGCAAUGAGGUGGGGACAGAAUCCUGCAACAUCACCGUGGCACCCAGACCUCCCUCCAUGAACAUUGCACUGUAUGCGGGUAUUGCGGGAGGCACAUUUGUGGCCCUCAUCAUCAUCGGCGUCAUUGUCUACUGCUGCUGCUGCCGGGAAAAGGACGACAAAGCUCAAGACAUGGAGGAUGUGCGGCCGAACCGAGCAGCUUACCAAGAGCCUAAAAAGCGGCAGAUAGAAGUUUCCAGAGGGCAGGAAGAUGAGGAUGACCACAGGCGUGAGGAUCAGAGGAGCUCGGGGCGCAGCACUCCAGAGCAGCCUUUCCAGUGAAAGGGGCCUUCUGCAGCUGGAGAGGAGGGAGGGCUAGGGCCUAGGCUCCUGCUCUGGCCGCCUUUCUCCCAAGCCCUACAGUGCUGCCCCUUCCCCAGGCAUUCCUGGAGUACUUCUUCCUGUGUAUCUGCCUCUGGGAGCAUCACUGGCUACUGAGGUCCUACCUGAUGGUCGCUGAAAGGACCCUUCCUCAUUAAUAAUCUGACUCAGGGCCUGGCCUUCUCCCUAGACCAGACAGCAUUCUCUGCCUCCGUUAUGGCUGGCAGGGGCUUCUAGAAGCUCAGCACGAUCUGGGACUGCUUCUCUUCAGACCUCCUCAUACAGGCAAGAGCCAGCUUCAGCACCAGUUUCAGAAGGUGGGAGUCUGCCCUGCCCAACCAUGCCCAGCACUCAGGAGAGAACCAGUGAUAAGCUUGCACUCAAUAUUUUGUUGAAUGAAGGGAAGAAAUCAACGAUAAGAUGUAGUCUCUGUGAUUUACUGAGCUUAAUUGUGCCCUCCAUGGUGGGGAGACCACGGUGGCCUCCAGCCUCUCCCUCAGCUUUAUCUCCCACCAGUGUUUCUGUUCCUAGACAUACACCUUCUUAGGAUGUCCCCAAACACAGUUCCAUCUCUGCCUGUCAGAAGCUUGCCUGUCCUUAGAACCCACCACCAGUCUUAGACCCCCAAAUCUUUCUUAAUCCUGUCCUGACUGCUAACAUGCAGGGAAACAGUGAAGUCACUUUGUCCCACACCUAGACCUGGGCUGCAUGCAAGGCCAACAGAGCUAUACUUCCUGUUGUAUUGGAAUGGGUGCCCUGGGGCAGGGUCUGGAUCUUGGAGCCUGGCAGCCUCAGCUCGGGACUUGCCCUCAUAGCCAGGGCUUUGUCUCCUGCUUGUGACUUGAGACCCCUGGUGACUCCACCGGAGCCCUCUGUUAGUCUGGUGAGGUGGACAGACUGAUUGAUUUAAAAUGAGAACAGACACAAGCUUACUUACCUCCUUCCUCUGCCCAGUCAUCAGCCUCUGAAUGCCAGCUGCCUUGCCCACAGCCUUCACUUUUGGUCACUCUCCAGGACUCAGGCCAGAUGGGCUGUUCCAAAUGUGUUUGGCUGUUGGAUAAACUUUUCUGGAGCACCAGAAAAGUAACUGAAUCGAUCCCUUCCCCCCUGAUUUUAUGUACAUGUAUUUUUUAAAUAUACACUGCUAAACUCUUUGUUUCAAUCAAAAUGCUUCUUUAUCAAUAAAGUUACUGGUGGAAACUCA